AUGGUUCGGCAUCUAAAUUCUGGUAUACGUGCGGACCCAGUCCCAGACUCCGACAGCAAUCAACCAUCUACCCCCCCUGAUACUGGAAAUGGAAACAUUCCGCCUCAAUCGGAACGCCGGGAGUCUACUCGUCUUCGUACCCCACUCACUCGGCCAGGAUUCAUAUCGACCCACGGCGAUUCUCGUUGUUCGCUGGUGCCUGAAACUCCUGCUCCUGCCACUAGACGGCCCCGUGUUCCAAAGAACAACAACACUACAGUUACUGUUGCCUCAGGAGAUGAAAACAACAAUGAACCACACGCAGGUGGCCGAGAUACAACACCAACAACUGUUUUUGCGGGAACUACACAGGUCGCUGUUCGUAAUGGGGCUCAAGUCACCAUUGAUACCGCUCAAGAUUCUGAUGCAGAAAAUGAGAAGCACGCCAAUCAAAAUAAAAAGAGAAAGGACCCGACUAAAGAUAAAGACGGUUUUGAUCAUGCACGGCUUUAUUUCUAUAAACCGGGUGGUGGUCCAAAGCAGGUAUGA